AGAGACUUCAUUGAGCAGCACUACGUGACCCUGAAGAAGGCAAACCCGGAUUUUCCCAUCCUAAUUCGCGAAUGCUCUGAGGUGCAGCCCAAACUGUGGGCUCGAUACGAGUUCGGCAAGGAGAGAAGCGUGCCAUUGAAUAACCUGAGCAUGGAUGAAGUAGCCAAGGCUUUAGAGAACGUUGUAAAAAGCAAGGUCUGAAGACAGAGUGAACCUGUGCGCACCGAAGACUUUACUGAUGAGCUUUAAUGUGAAACAUGUCUAUCCUUAAGUUAUUAAUCACAUAAAUGUACGUGCUCACCCUGA